ACGCACAUCACGGUAUUCUCGACACGUCGCAUUAUUACUCCAACCUUUCUCGAAAGCACACAGCUAUGUCGCGCCCUGUUCUGUCGUCGCACGUUCUCGAUACAUCCACAGGAAGACCAGCGGUGCAACUUUACACAGAGUUAUUUAAGCAAAAGGGAGAUUCGUGGGUAUCGUGGCACAGCACUGUGACAACAGGAGAUGGAAGAAUCCAGUUUCCCUUUACCAAGGACUCCAUGAGUGCAGGAACAUACAAAUUGAAAUUCAACGUGGGGGAUUAUUACACGAGGAACCAGAAAGAAACCCUUUAUCCUUAUGUGGAGAUCGUCUUCGAAGUGAAAGAAAACGAACAUUACCACAUCCCACUGCUGCUCAGUCCCUAUGGCUAUUCCACGUACAGGGGAAGCUAACAAUUUUGCGGAAAACCUACUUUCGAGUAAAGUCUAAUUUUACCAAAGAGUUAAGAGGGAAACUUAUCAUGACAUUGUAAUCACAAUAAUAACUAUGUAGUAAUUAAUAAAAAUAUUAACAUUUUCUAUUUUA